AUGACAGACCAAGUGUAUGCUUUGUCAAGUGUUAGCAUCCUACUGACUACAGUUUUCAUGCCAGUCCUAGUGAAGUACUUGUACCAUCCUUCAAGGAAAUAUGCAGGUUACCAGAAAAGGAAUAUUAUGCAUUGCAGACGCAAUGAGGAGCUCAGAGUCUUAGCAUGCAUUCACAUGCCAGAUGACAUUGCUGCAAUAACAAAACUACUUGAAGUCUCGUGCCCAUCUAGUGAAAGGCCCCUUGCCAUUUAUGUGCUUCACCUUAUCGAGUUAAUUGGCCGAGACUCUCCUAUUUUUAUUUCCCACCAAAUGCAGAAAAAGAUUGUUUCCAAAAAUAGUUCUUAUUCUGAGAAUAUCAUUCUCGCCUUCAAUCACUUUAAACAACACAAUCCGGGAGUUGUAUUAGUAAAUAUCUUCACAACAAUCUCCCUACCCAAGUUCAUGCAUGAGGACAUAUGCAUGCUUGGGUUGGACAAACUCACAUACCUCAUAAUACUCCCGUUCCAUCGAAAAUGGUCCAUUGACAGUCUGGUCGAUUCAGAGGACAGUACCAUAAGGACCUUAAAUUGUAGUAUGCUUGAACUAGCCCCCUGCUCAGUUGGGAUCUUAGUUGACCGUGGUCAUUUAGGCCGCUCAAUGGUUUCAUCAAAUUCAUCCUAUUAUGUUGCCAUGAUCUUCUUAGGAGGUAAUGACGAUCGAGAGGCAUUGAGUUUUGCCAAACGCAUGGCGAAUGACUCGAAUAUCACACUGACUGUGGUUCACUUUGUUGCCUCUGGCAGUGACGUUGAUUCCUGCUGGGACAAAUUUCUUGACAAUGAGAUAUUGAAGGAUGUUAAACUUAACAAUGUGGGUGAUGAAUAUGUGAUAUACCUAGAGGAGGUGGUGAAAGAUGGACCUCAGACGGCAUUGAUAGUUCGGUCUUUGGUGGACGAGUUUGACCUUAUUAUUGUUGGUAGACGACAUAACGUAGACUCUCCGCAAACAUCAGGGCUUGCAGAAUGGAUUGAGUUUCCAGAGUUGGGGAUUAUGGGAGACUUGAUUGCCUCAUCAAAUAUUAACAAAAAAACUUCUGUUUUGGUGGUUCAACAACAACAGAUUGACAGUUAG